GCGUAAGGACAUUAACGUCAGUGAUCCGCAUAAUAUCUCUUCAGAUUUCUAUCAUUCUUUAUUUUUUUUUUCUGUCGACUCCACCAUCCUCCGUUUCUCAUUUCAAACACAAACUCUCGUAAUUCGUCUGAAAUUCAUCUCAAGACCAUGGAAAUCACAAACUCUCUUGUCUUCUCCUUCGCAAUCUCUCUCCUUCUCUUCUCAAAUCCCGCAUCUUCCGAUCCCCAAAUCAACCUCCUAGAGACGGCUUGCAACACGUACAAUGCAACCAACCCAUCCAUCUUCUCUUCCAACGUCGAUUCCGUCCUCGCCGAGCUCAUGUCCCAACUCAAUUCCACCUACUUUGCUACGGCCCAGCGCACCCGCACCGAGGAAGUGGUCUACGCUCUCGCCCAGUGCCGGCACUACCUCUCUACAUCCGACUGCCUUUCCUGCAUCUCUAGGGCCACUUCCCAGCUCCGAACCCACUGCUUGAACCUCGCCGGGGCCCACGCCAACUAUGACGGUUGCUUCCUCCGUUACGAGGACGUUGGAUUCUUCGACCAGUAUUCGCAGCUCUGGAGAUUCGGGUCCUGUGGGAAUAGCACGGAGGAAGGCGGUGGUUUCGCUGAGACGGCCAGGGAGGUGUUGAUGGAUCUAUACAUGGCGACACCGAGGAUAAACGGGUUUUUCGCCACAGCGAGGAGGGCGACGGUGGGGGGCAAAGUUGUGUAUGGCGUGGCUCAGUGCUUGGAGACAGUGGGCGAGACUAGUUGUGAGGAAUGCCUGAAGGGGGCAUAUGGGAAUAUAGAGAACUGUCCACCGAGUGCUGAUGGUCGGGCCAUGGACGGUGGGUGUUUUCUGAGGUAUUCAAACACAGCUUUCUUUCGCGAUGAUCAGGUGACAGAUCUUGCACCGUUUCUGAAAAGAGGAUCCACCAGCAAUAAAAAAGCCAAAAUUGGAGGUAUCGUUGGAGCAGCUGCCGUUAUCCUGCUACUCGUUCUCCUGUUUGCAAUGCUUCGACGUUAUAAAAGGACUGAUAACACUCGAAAUAGAAGAAUACUAGGGGCGACAGAACUGCGUGCUGCGGUGAAUUUCCAUUACAAAGAUCUCAAAUCUGCGACUGAAAAUUUCAGUGAAGGAAAUAAACUGGGACAAGGGGGGUUUGGAGAUGUAUACAAGGGUGUUAUGAAGAAUGGGAAAACAGUAGCUGUCAAGAAACUAAUGAUACACGAAUCGGGCAGAGACGAGGCAGAUUUUGAGAGCGAAGUGAAGCUUAUAAGCAAUCUUCAUCACCGAAAUCUCGUUCGUUUGCUUGGAUUUUGCAGUAACGGCCCUGAAUUGCUGCUUGUUUAUGAAUACAUGGAGAAUAGUAGCCUUGACAAAUUCUUAUUCGGAGAUAGGCAUGGAACCCUGAACUGGAAACAGCGAUUUGAUAUAAUUAUUGGCAUGGCUCGUGGCCUUGCAUAUAUGCACGAGGAAUUCCAUGUUUGUAUCAUACACAGAGACAUAAAAUCCAGUAAUAUACUUCUUGAUGAUGAAUUCCAGCCUAGGAUUGCAGAUUUUGGGCUGGCAAGGCUUCUACCGAACAACCGGAGCCAUCUCAACACCAGAGUUGCCGGAACCCUGGGGUACACGGCACCUGAAUAUGCAAUCCAUGGGAAGUUAUCCAAGAAGGCCGACACAUACAGCUUUGGGGUGGUGGUGCUGGAAAUCAUAAGCGGUCAGAGGAGUAAUGACAUAAAGAUUGAACCCAUCACUCAAUAUCUUCUCGAAUGGGCAUGGAGGUUGUAUGAGGAGGAUUCGCUGAUGGAGUUGGUGGACAAGAGCAUGGAUCUUAGUGAAUGCAGAACGGAUGAAGUGAAGAAAGCUAUAGAGAUAGGUCUCAUGUGCACCCAGGCACCUGCGUUAAGGCCAACCAUGUCCCAGGUUGUGGUUUUGCUGCUGAGCCAAGACGAUCCAGGUCUCAACCUGAACAGACCCGCCUUCAUAGAUGCCCCCAACAGAAAGCAUCAUAGAGCCCUUAAAGACACGUCCACCUCUACUGCCUCGUCCUCGUCCAAUGCCACCUUGUCAAUCACCCAAAUGUCGGGCCGUUGAGGUGUCAUCCUUCCAUUUGAUGGAGACUGUAAAAAAACCAGAUAAAUGAAAUAAAGAUCUUUAGAACA